AUGGAUGGAGAAGCAAGUUUUUCUUCAAUGGCACCACCAACUAUCGAUGGAGAAAAUUAUCAAAUCUGGGCUGUCAGAAUGCAGACAUAUCUGGAAGCUUUGGAUCUCUGGGAGGCUGUAGAAGAUGAAUACGAGAUUACUCCCUUGCCAAACAAUCCCACAAUGGCGCAGAUUAAAAAUCACAAGGAGAGGAAAACCAGGAAAUCAAAGGCAAAGGCAUGUUUGUUUACUGCAGUUUCAUCCACCAUCUUCACUCGUAUCAUGUCUCUAAAAUCAGCAAAAGAGGUAUGGAAUUAUCUCAAGACUGAGUAUGAAGGAGAUGAAAGGAUUCGAGGGAUGCAAGUGCUGAAUUUAGUACGUGAGUUUGAACUGCAAAGAAUGAAGGAAAGUGAAACCAUAAAGGAGUAUUCUGACCAACUUCUUAACAUAGCAAAUCGCGUCAAAUUGUUGGGUUCCACUUUUACUAAUUCAAUGAUCGUUGAAAAAAUCCUUGUAACAGUACCUGAAAGAUUUGAGGCUACCAUUACAACCUUAGAAAAUACUAAGGACUUGUCCAAAAUUACACUAGCAGAGCUUUUGAGUGUUUUUCAAGCACAAGAGCAAUGA